AUGCGGAUAAGCGGUGUCACACUGUUUCGCGUCUCCUCACAGCUUCGCAACGUCGUCAACGGACAAUGGACGACUACUCACUACACAAUCAAGGAUCGUGCCACUGAUCCUCGCUGGAAAGAUGUGGAUAUGUCGAGAGAAAGCGAUGUUUAUGAUGUUGUCAUCGUUGGAGGAGGUCCAUCUGGUCUAUCAGCUGCGAUUCGGUUGAGACAGCUGGCGGAGAAGGCCCAGAAAGAACUCCGAGUCUGUGUCGUCGAGAAAGCGUCGGUGAUCGGAGGACACACACUGUCCGGAGCUGUAAUUGAGACGCGUGCACUCGACGAGCUCAUUCCAAAUUGGAAGGAACUCGGAGCUCCUGUCCAUCAGAAGGUCUCUUCUGAAUCUAUCGCUAUUCUAACUGAAACUGGACGUAUCCCGGUCCCAGUGUUCCCUGGAGUGCCACUAGCCAACCAUGGUAAUUACAUUGUUCGUCUUGGAAAAGUGGUUCAAUGGCUUGGAGAGCAAGCAGAGGCUGCUGGAGUCGAAGUUUGGCCAGAAAUCGCUGCCUCUGAAGUUCUUUACAACGAGGAUGGAAGUGUGAAGGGAAUUGCUACAAAUGACGUUGGAAUCGGGAAGGAUGGAGCGCCGAAGGAUGGAUUCGCACGUGGAAUGGAAUUCCAUGCAAAAUGUACGAUCUUCGCUGAAGGAUGUAGAGGGCAUUUGAGUAAGCAGGUUUUGGACAAAUUUGAUUUGCGAUCUCAUGCGAUGACCUAUGGAAUCGGGUUGAAGGAGUUGUGGGAAAUCGAUCCAGCUAAGCAUAGACCAGGAUAUGUGGAGCAUACUAUGGGAUGGCCAUUGAACGUUGAUCAAUACGGAGGAUCCUUCCUGUACCACAUCGAAGACGCUGGACAACCGCUCGUCUCUGUUGGAUUCGUUGUCGCCCUAGACUACGCCAAUCCCAACAUGAAUCCAUACAAAGAAUUCCAAAAGUACAAAACUCAUCCAUCGAUUUCAAAACAACUAGAGGGAGGCAAAAUAAUCGGUUAUGGAGCACGUGCUCUGAAUGAAGGAGGCUUCCAAAGUAUCCCGAAAUUGCACUUCCCUGGAGGAUGUCUUGUCGGAUGCUCUGCUGGAUUCUUGAACGUCGCCAAACUGAAGGGAACUCAUAGUGCGAUGAAGAGUGGAAUGGUUGCAGCUGAAGCGAUAUUUGAAGAGCUUCAAGCGAAAGGAGAGGAUGUUCAAACUAUUGAUCCUGCGAAUUAUGAUAAGAAUGUGAGGGAUACUUAUGUUGUGAAAGAGCUCAAAGCCACUAGAAACAUUCGACCAUCAUUCAACACUUCUCUUGGAUACAUCGGAGGAUUGAUCUAUUCUGGACUCUUCUAUGUAUUUGGUCGUGGAAUGGAGCCAUGGACUCUUGGACACGGAAAGAAGGAUAAUGAGAAAUUGAUUUCUGUUAAGGAUGCCAAGGAGAUUGACUAUCCAAAACCAGAUGGAAAAUUGACUUUCGAUCUUCUCACGUCUGUUUCCUUGACUGGAACCAAUCAUACUGAAGAUCAACCAGCUCAUUUGACGCUGAAAAAUGAUCAAGUGCCAGUUGAUGUGAAUUUGGCUGUGUUUGGAGGACCAGAAGCUAGAUUCUGUCCAGCUGGAGUCUACGAAUUCGUCCCUUCUGAAGCCGACGAAACGAAGAAGCGUCUCCAAAUCAACGCUCAAAACUGCAUUCACUGCAAAACCUGCGACAUCAAGGAUCCCCAGCAGAACAUCAACUGGGUGACACCAGAAGGAGGCGGCGGACCGAAAUACGAGGGAAUGUAG